AUGGGAAGUAGCCGUCUGACCGUGCUGGAAGAUGAAUGUCAAAGGGUGUUCCAGUGUCUUGAAGACAAUGACGUGAUUCUCAUCCCAUCCAUUGGCUCAAGUGUGGUGACCAGGUUUCUGCUAAAGGUCUCGGACACCAUGACCUUGAAGGUGAGCGAUGAUGUUCGGUGCUCCCUGUGGUUCAAGGAUCUACCGUAUUACAAUACGAUAUAUAACUCAAGAUUCCCAUCACAGCUGUCCAGUGGGUCGGUGUGGGUCACAUACGACGUUGCACUUCAUUACCUGGCCAAUGACCGGCAAGAGCUGGAACGGUUUGACUUCAUACAGCUGGAUGGUGUCGAUGAUAGAACGUUGAACUCGGAUAUGUUUAUGGCAUUCAUCAGCGAAGUCAAGCUACAGACAAAGCUGGUUAUACCGUUGAGGAGCUCGUUCCAAGUGUCUAAAUACAAAGAUUUCUUUGCAAGGAUUGGAUAUGUCACGAGUACACUUGACCUCAUUGGUCAGCCGAGUAUUGAAACGUACUUCGCAGUGAAUGGCUCCGUGAAACUAGAUAUCGAAUGCAUGAAUGUGGCCAAACAGCUGCUCGAGAUGGACCAUGAGGAGCUGGAUAUUCUCAUAGUAACCUCGUCGAGAUUUGAAGUCGCCAGGCUAUCACAUGUCAUGAGAGAUUCGAUGCCGCAGGGGAAGUACUCGCUACUGACAGAUCUCAAGGAGUAUACUAUAAAGGGACAUUCCAAAAGGAUUAUCAUAUCAUCAGAUUCCCACUUCUUCCUAGAUAACAACCACAGAGUGAAGUACAUUGUGGAUUAUGGACUUAUCACGGUUAGGAAAACAGAUCCUAAUGGUAUUGAUUAUGAACAAGUGCAUAUAACGAAUAACAACAGGAUACAACAACAUAUAUCAAUUUUACACAUGGAAGGGUCAAAAUACUUUAAUCUACAACAGAGGGACUCGGUAAGUGAUUGGUUCCUAGCAAUACAACAUAGGUCAUUGAUUCCGUAUAUACUGAUGUCGAUAAAGCUCAAUGUGAAGUUCACAGAGUUGCAGUUCUUAUCACCACCAGAAACAGACUCAUUCACCAAUUGCCUCAAUCAGAUGUGCUAUUUAGGACUAAUAAGGAUAACUGGUGAUGGUUAUACUUCUACUGAACUUGCUCAGAGGCUCACGAAGCUCCAAUUUUCUUCGCAUCUACCACGGAUCUCACUGCUUCUAUCGUUACUUCAUUCAAGCUCUUUCAAUUGCGUUGGUGAGCUUUUAAGUAUAACCUCUAUUUUGAUAGCCAUGAACCCCAACGCAUUGGCAAAUUUCAUAUCACAGGACUCGUUUGAUAGAUCAAUGGUUUCUGAACAAUCUGAUUUCUUUACACUUAUCAACGCCUACAAUUGUUUGAUCAAACAAGGUGUCAAAAGGACGUUGAAGAAAGACCCAUUUACAAAAGAAGAUAAGAGGGAAAUCAGACAUGUCUACAACUGUUUGCACAAUGCACUUGGAAUAAAAACACCCCAAGAUCAUCGAGCAAACGAAGAUGACAUCCAAAGAGCGUUGAUACUCGGGUUCCAAUUUCAAUCGGUAUUGCUGCAAAAGUCAGUAGACUCUCUCACGCAUAAGCAACAAGCGUUGUUAUCACCAGUUUGGAACUUCCAUGAUACUGAUAUGUCUAUUUUGUUGAAGAAACCGUUGGACCAUCUUGACGAUU